AUGAGAGCUGUUGUGCUUGCCCUGACUGUAGCCCUUGUGGCACUUCUCUCUCUCUCUCUCUCUUUUUUUUUUUUUUCUCCAGCAAGUCAACAGAUCAACCUUGUUCCUGAUUUUCCCCUCUAUAAGACCUAUGUGUACAAGUAUGAGGCUCUACAGGAGAGAAUCAUACAGGACAUUGGCUUGGCAUACACUGAGAGAUGUGCUGAAUGUACUUAUAGAUUCAAGAGUCUGAUUGAAACUGCGAGUUACAAUUACAUCAUGAAACCAGCAGCCACCGGAGUACUAAUCACUGAGGAAACAGUUGAAGAAGUGCAUUAUUUUUCACCCAUCCAUGAGAUCCAUGAUGCAGCAAUGAUGGAAGCAAAACACACCUUGGCUUUUGUUGAGAUUGAGAUGGCCCCCAUUGUUCCAAUCAAAGCUGAUUACUUGGCCCGUGGAUCCCUACAGUAUGAGUUUGCAACUGAGAUUCUUUAGACACCCAUUCAACUAAUGAAGAUCAGUGAUGCACCAGCCCAGGUAUAAUGAAUUAAUUAAAAUCUUAAAAAUCUUUUAAGCCUUUGAUCCAUGUU